CUUUGUUGUAUGUAAUACUCCCGCGACUUCCGCUUGGAGUGUCAAAUAUGGCCACGUCCAGACUAGAGAUCAAUUUUAUUAGGUUAUUAUCGCGCUGUGAAUCGCUGGCUUCAGAGAAAAGAAACGAGACAGAAUGGAGACUGGAGAAGUACGUUGGUGCUCUUGAGGAGAUGCUUGUAGCCCUUAAAAAGAGUCCCAGUAAACCAACACCGGAAAUACUAACGGACUAUAACCGCAAGGUGGAUUUCCUCAAGGGUCUCUUAGAGGCAGACAAACUGCCGUCUCCAGCAGAGAAGUCUUUAGCCAACCAGUUUCUCGCUCCUGGACGGACGCCUACGAUAUCCAGCGAGAGAAUGCCAGCCAGUAAGACGGUGCACAUUCAGAGUAAAGCACGAUGUGCUGGAGAAAUGAGGAAGGAGCUGAUGAGCACUGGUGUGUCAAAUUCUGGUUCAUUGGAGACGGAUCUCAGACAUAGAAAGAGUAUUCCUGUAGAUGAGCGGCAGUCGGCGGCAGAGCUGGAUGCUAUACUACAGCAUCAUCACAACCUGCAGGAGAAACUGGCUGAUGACAUGUUGAAUCUCGCUCGCAACCUGAAGAACAACACGCUCGCGGCCCAGAACAUCAUCAAACAGGACAACCAGACUCUCACUCAGUCUAUGCGUCAGGCCGACAUGAACUUCGAGAAGCUGAAGACGGAGUCGGAGCGCCUGGAACAGCACGCCAAGAAAUCCGUCAACUGGUUCCUGUGGCUGAUGCUAAUCGUCGUCUCCUUCACGUUUAUCAGCAUGAUCCUCUUCAUAAGACUGUUCCCGCGACUCAGAUGAUGUUAAUCAUCAUUAGAACAGCUAGAUUUAAUUUAUCUAUUCAGGUUUACAUAAACACUAGUUAAGAGUUACAAAGAUGAGUGACCGCCUCAAUCGUUAAAUCAGCUUCAGUCAUUCCCGCUAAAAUAUUUACAUGCAUGCCAUUGUUUACGUCAGAACGAAUUCGCGCCGAAACCCUGUGAAUGACGUCUUAAAUUAACGGUGUUUGUUCGGAUUUUGGUUCAAAUUAAAGGUAAGUAUGUGAUAACUAUAAACUGUUAGUCAUUUAAAUACCUAUAUCUGACGACCAACGUCCUUAAUGCUACUUUUGAGACUGGCAUUUGCGUCUUUUUAAAGAUGCGUUCAAAGUUCUCCCUUAAUUGUCUGCAUUUCCAACACGUUCUGCUUAAUAUAAUGCGUUUUGGCACUAUGUAUGAGCGUUUUGGGACGCUUAAAACGACAGUUUAAUUUAGCUUUAUUGGAGUUUCUGUUAGUCACUUUCUCACGUUCGGUCGCUAUAAAAACGGACCGAGCUGUUUUAAGGCCCGGUCGACUUGUCUAGACUCGCUGCGUCGAUCAGGAAAUGUUCUGGCAAACAGCAGGAAGUAUUUUUGCCCGUCGGAAGCACAGAUGGUUACUGUCUUCUCCACCCAGAGAGUAAAUGGCCCAUAUUUAGCUGCUAACGAUCUAUUUGUGCCUGUUCCCUAUAUAGCACAUGGACGGAGUAUGAAGUAUUGGUCAGAUAUGGUUAACGUUUGUUCCACUGCGCAGCUCUAUUGAUGGAUCUUAAUGUUCAUCUGAAGCGGCCUGUCAUUGAUCGUGAGUGUCUCUGUGCUUCGUUUCGCUCCUUUGAUUCAUUCACAUGAACACAGACUGUUUUGUUGUUUUUCCCAUGUGUUCGAAAAUUAUCUGUGGAAAAAAUGGAGGAGUGUGUAGGCAAUUAUUUUAAUAAAAUAAUUUGCAAUCUGCCUA